GCCGCCCGCAAGUUACAGGGACCCCGCGUCUCCCCUCCGCCCCGUGCGCUCUCGCCGGUUCGCGAACCCCGCGCCGCGCUUCCACCGCUGACAUGUGUGCCGCCCCGAUGCCGUCCCUGGCGCACAUCUUCCGAGGGACAUUCAUCCACUCCACCUGGACUAGCCCCAUGGAGGUGCUGCGGGAUCACCUCCUCGGAGUGAGCGACAGCGGCAAAAUAGUGUUUCUAGAAGAGGCAUCCCAACAAGAAAAGCUGGCCAAAGAAUGGUGCUUCAAGCCGUGUGAAGUAAGAGAGCUAAGCAACCAUGAGUUCUUCAUGCCCGGGCUGGUUGAUACACACAUCCAUGCCCCUCAGUAUUCUUUUGCUGGGAGUAAUGUGGACCUGCCGCUUUUGGACUGGCUGACCAUGUACACAUUUCCUACAGAACUCAAAUUCCAGAACAUCGACUUCGCGGAAGAAGUAUAUACCAGAGUUGUCAGGAGAACACUGAAGAAUGGAACAACCACAGCUUGUUACUUUGGAACAAUUCACACUGACUCAUCUCUGCUCCUCGCAGAAAUUACAGAUAAAUUUGGGCAGCGGGCGCUUGUGGGCAAGGUCUGCAUGGAUAUGAACACUACUGUUCCCGAGUACAAGGAAACCACCGAGGAGUCAAUCAAGGAGACAGAGAGAUUUGUGUCACGGAUGCUCCAAAAGAAUUAUUCUAGAGUGAAGCCCAUAGUGACACCACGUUUUUCCCUUUCCUGCUCCGACACUUUGUUGGGUAAACUGGGAAACAUGGCGAAGACUCAUAAUUUGCAUAUUCAGAGCCAUAUAAGUGAAACUGUAUGUGAAGUUGACGCUGUGAAGAACUUAUUUCAAGAUUAUAAAAACUACACAGAUGUGUACGAUAGGAACAAUCUUCUGACAAACAAGACAGUGAUGGCACACGGCUGCUACCUUUCCGCAGAAGAGCUGCAGGUGUUCAAGGAGCGGGGAGCAGCCAUCGCCCAUUGCCCCAAUUCUAACUUAUCGCUCAGCAGCGGCUUUCUCAAUGUGCUCGAAGUCUUGAAACAUGAAGUGAAAAUAGGGCUGGGUACAGAUGUGGCUGGUGGUUAUUCGGCCUCCAUGCUGGAUGCGAUCAGAAGAGCAGUGAUGGUUUCCAAUAUCCUUUUAAUUAAUAAGAUCAACGAGAAAAGCCUUACCCUCAAAGAGGUCUUCAGACUAGCUACUCUUGGAGGCAGCCAAGCCUUGGGGCUGGAUAAAGAGAUUGGAAACUUUGAAGUGGGGAAGGAAUUCGAUGCCCUCCUGAUCAACCCCAAAGCAUCUGACUCUCCCAUUGACUUAUUUUCCGGGGAUCUGGCUGGUGAUACAUCUGAAGCUGUAAUCCAGAAGUUCCUCUACCUAGGAGAUGACCGAAAUAUUGAGGAGGUUUAUGUGGGCGGAAAACAGGUGGUCCCCUUUUCAAGCUCAGUGUAAGACCCUCGGCCUCUACGAAUUCUCCUGGGAUCACGUGGUUCUGCAUCUCCCUGGUGCCCAGGCCGAGUUAGAAAGUCCAAAAAUAGUAUCUUGUUCUUGGGAUGACUCUCUCUUUCUGUGUCUAGUUACAGUACUCACUUGACGAAUCGUUUGAAGGGGGUCGUGCUAAUUCCCAGCCUUCCGGUUGGGAGGAUUCAGAAUCUCUCCCUUUUGAGCUGUUUGGAUUUACUUUAAGCUCAAACAUAAGGGAAUGUUAUUCCUGGUGGGGUUUUAUUGUGAGAUUUAAGUCAAAUCGAUUUCAUAUUUGGAAAUAUGGAGAGAAAAGGUAUUCCUGUAAGGCUAGAUAUGUUGAGCUAAUAAAUGUGAAAAAUCAGAAAAUGGAAAAUGAACUAGUAAAUAUAUUUUUAUGAGGGAGAAAAAGUUAAACUAUGAACAUGCAUUGGAAAAUCACUUCAGAUUAUGAUUAAAAAUUAUGUACUGAGCAUAUUAAUUUCAGAGGAGAACUUGUUGAAUUUUAAAAUGUGUUUCUAGAUUGACCUUGUGUUCUGGAAAUUUGCACUUAAUGGAAUUUGCAUUUCAGAGACGUGUUAUUGUUGUGCUUUUCCUUCUUUGGGGAUGAAAUGUCAGAAAUUGAAUGCCACACGCUUUCUUCAUAUAGUUCUGUGCUGCAGAGUGUUUGACAGAGGUUGGGUGUUAAAGAUUUAAAGACUCUUAGGAAUAUUAUUCAUAUAACUACAGGGUACAAAUAGUGGUAUUUUUGUGUACUUUAAAAUCACCUUAAUGUAUAAAUGUGUGAUGCUAUUAUUGCUUCAGUGUUAUUAGAAAAGAAACAAAUUCCAUACUCCACUGUUGUGUAGACUGGAGUCUUCAUAAACUGGGUCACGUAAGGAGCUACCAAUACUAAAAGGAAGGGUUUCACGGCAAUGAUGGGGUCUCCCCAAGAGGUAUGCCAUGGUUGCUGAGUAUUUCACCCUUAGAUCUCAAUCUGGUAGAAUUGAAAAUGAAAGACAAACUCAGUUAAAUAUAUUAUUAAAAAUCUUUAAACCCUG